UUUUGUCCACAUUCGCCUUGACGGGUAGUGUAGGGAGUUGCGGUCCUCGGGUGUCAGUUCGUUGGUGUAGCUGUGUGCGUGUGUGUGUGUGUCUCUCACUCUCUCCAGUGUCGCCCUGCAGUAUUCCUGAUGGUCAUCAUACUUGUGUGGUGUCUGAGGCAAACGUUGAACAUUACUGCACGGAGCCAACUAUAGUACCGCUGCCAGAGGUGUGUUCAUAUGCACAAGGACACAACACACUUGCACGCACGCCCAAGCAAUAUACAAACACAUCAUCUCAACAACGUGAAAAGAACUUUGCAUUGAUACCGAAACGACUAUUCUGAGUCGAUAAAAAGUAACUGAUCUUGAAAAUAAUAAGUGACAUAAAAUUGUUCUCCGGUAUUUCACAUCUUCCUUCCACCAUGAGCCACCAACGCCAGGAAGGCUCACCAAGCAGUGAAGAAGACUCUGAUAAUAUUCUAAAUAUAAUUACUCUCGCAAAAUUAGAAAGUUCAAACCAGGAUUUGGCAAAUGCAGCCGAGAUGAAAUCAGUGACUAACGCUAAAGGUGAUAAAGAUGACUCCGGCCCUGAUGUUCAGUACCUCCGGUGGGACCUCAUCCAAGGAGAACCCCAGAAGACCACACUGCUACCUCCAAACAGCCAGCUGGGUGGUACACAAGGGCUACCUCCAAACAGCCAGCUGGGUGGUACACAAGGGCUACCUCCAAACAGCCAGCUGGGUGGUACACAAGGGCUACCUCCAAACUGUCAGCUGGGUGGUACACAAGGGCUACCUCCAAACAGCCAGCUGGGUGGUACACAAGGGCUACCUCCAAACAGCCAGCUGGGUGGUACACAAGGGCUACCUCCAAACAGCCAGCUGGGUGGUACACAAGGGCUACCUCCAAACAGCCAGCUGGGUGGUACACAAGGGCUACCUCCAAACUGUCAGCUGGGUGGUACUACCUCCAAACAGCCAGCUGGGUGGUACACAAGGGCUACCUCCAAACAGCCAGCUGGGUGGUACACAAGGGCUACCUCCAAACAGCCAGCUGGGUGGUACACAAGGGCUACCUCCAAACUGUCAGCUGGGUGGUACACAAGGGCUACCUCCAAACUGUCAGCUGGGUGGUACAGACGAACUCAUCCUUAA